AACUAAAAGGCGUUAGGCUGGCAGUGACAACCUCUGGCAGGCUUCCAUUCCUGUUCAUCAUCUCUUCCAUCUUUCACUCUUCCGUCUUGACCCUGCAACCCCCGUUUUUUUGUCCGGGAUGCAGGAGUCAGACAGGCCGAUCGGACUGCCACUCCGUAAUUCCCAGCCGACGCAAGACUUCGAAACGGCUGGGUUCAAUAUUCCGUGGUUCCCCGGCUUCAGGGCAGCAGGCCUGGCGCGUUUCAGCGAGUUGGCCUAAAACAAGGCCCGCUAAAACCACCACGACCGCACGCUGUAACUUCCAGACUGAAAGAGAACGAGGUCAAUAGUCAGAUUCGCCUUGUGUUGGUUGGAUGUACAUUGUUGUUUUCAUUGCAGACGCUUGGUCCUUCUUGGAUACCUACAUAGCUGCACAGCGUGCUCCACCAGCGACAGCGAGAAAGGAGGGAGAGCCGAGCAGAGCCGAGUACCGAGGCCGAUGCGCAGUGAGUCGCAGCCACCAGAUGCGAGCCAGGAUGAUGAGGCUAUGGGCAUGGCACCGGCCCGGCACGGCUGCCGACUACGCCAGCGUGGUGGUUCCGCUCGACGAGGCGCACCAACACAGCCAUUCGUACAGGCUACGACGGCGCUCCGACCCUGCAGGCCAGUUGGAUGACGAUGCCUUUGAGGAGGAGGACCAUGGCGGCCGGGACAAGGAUGGCGACGACGAGGACACGGGCAUGCUCAUGAGCGGCGCCGCUGCCGAGUACAGCAUCGAAGGGUUGCGGAGGGAAGUCAGGAGGGGAGGGCGGGGCGAGAAGUGGACGGCUUAUGAGAGUGAGUUCCUGAGUUCUCCCUGGCUGCCAGUGAGUCCACUUGUCUGGUGCGUGGGAAGCUGACGCUUUGGGCCGCAGUGAGGUCGAAACUCAUCAACAAGGCUAUCCAGGACAUCGGGAUGGGACGGUACAACUGGCAGCUCUUUGUCCUCUGCGGGUUUGG